AUGCCCCCUGCACACGAUGAUGCCUCUCCAGAUGCCCCCCUCAUCGCAGACCGAAGACACGACGACAGUCACGCUUCUCCGACCACGACCAUUCGAUCCUUCGCAAAUACCUUCAUAUGGGCUUUGACGGUCUCUGCUUGCGUAUCAGGACUACUAUUCGGCUAUGAUACAGGUGUCAUCAGCAGUACCUUAGUCUCGAUUGGUACCGACUUGUCCUCUCGCCAUUUGACCACCCUGGACAAGGGUCUCAUAACCUCAUGUACCAGUCUCUUCGCUCUUGUUGCAAGUCCCAUCGCCGGCGUCCUGGCGGAUAACGUCGGCAGGAAAAACAUCAUCUUGUUCGCAGACGUUCUUUUCACACUGGGCGCAUUAUGGCAGGCCCUUACAACUUCUGUUUGGGGGAUGAUACUUGGCCGAAGUAUUGUAGGACUGGCCAUCGGGGGUGCCAGCCUAAUCGUGCCUCUGUAUAUCUCUGAACUAGCACCCAGUCACCUAAGAGGAAGACUCGUCACGGUGUCUCUUCUCUUCAUUACUGGCGGUCAGGUCAUUGCCUACCUGAUCGGAUGGGCCUUUUCCACCAUGAGGGGUGGAUGGAGGUGGAUGGUCGGCUUGGGGUGUGCUCCCGCUAUCGCACAGCUUGUCAUGUUAGCAUUCAUGCCCGAGACGCCCCGUUAUCUGGCCAAAGUGCAAAGGGAAACGGAAGCUCGAGCAGUCUUGAAGAGAGUCUAUCACGGAAUGACAGACAAUACCACCAGCCUUGUCAAUGAGACCAUUCACGCCAUCAAAAAAGAGCUGCUUGACCAAGAAGAGGCGCACGUCCAGCUUCGUCACUCAGCACAGCCCACAUCCAGCUUCCUGAUCUCCCCGACCCUUCAAUCUCUUCUCCUCCACCCUCCGCAUGCUCGAGCGCUAACAAUCACAUGUACAUUACAAGCCCUUCAGCAACUUUGCGGAUUCAACAGCCUCAUGUACUUCUCGGCUACCAUUUUCCAACUAUUGGGCUUUCAGUCGCCCACCUUGACAUCACUCAGUGUUGCAGGGACAAAUUUCUUGUUCACCGUUGCGGCGUUCCAUCUGAUAGACCGGCUGGGGCGGAGGCGGAUUUUGUUGCUCACUAUUCCGGUCAUGGUCCUGGCCCUUCUCCUGUGCGCCGGAGCAUUCACCUUCGUUCCUUUACACUCGGACGAUAACAUAGAAACAACCGUGGUUAGUUCCUCCGGAAACUCAAUCCCCCAUCUCCCCGCCAUAGCCAUCCUCAUCGCCAUGCUCCUCUAUGUCUCAACCUACGCCAUGGGGCUCGGCCCUGUUCCCUGGCAACAAUCCGAGCUCUUCCCCCUCUCCGUCCGCUCACUGGGCUCCUCCCUGGCGACCGCGACGAACUGGCUCUGCAACACUGUCGUCGGCCUGACGUUUCUGCCCAUGAUGGAUUUUCUGGGGGCGCAGUGGACGUUCGUAACCUACGCGGGCAUCUGUGCUCUGGGGUGGGUGGCAGUUUGGUGGAUUUACCCAGAGACAAUGGGGUUGAGGUUAGAGGAGGUAGGGGAGUUGCUGAAGAAUGGAUGGGGGGUUGAGGAGAGUUUGAAACGGUUAGAGAGGUCUAGGGGGGAUCUUUCAUGUGACUAG